AGUCAUUACCAGAAAUGAUAUUGCGCAAGACCCAACUUGGAUGAAGGCCCCUAUCGUGGUAACCAGCAACGAAGAGCGCUACCGCAUCAACGAACACCAAUUGCUGAUGCUGGCACAACAGCAAAAUUGUCCACGACUCGUCUGGUUUCAACCCAUCAUCGGCAUCGUUGCCAACGGCUUGAACCAGACUCAAACGAAUUACCUCUACGCCACGUCACCACAGUUCAAAGGUAUCUUUGUAACCGGCGCUCCUGGUUUCCUGAUGUCCAACAUUAACCCCAGGAGAGGACUUACCAACGGGACUCCGGUCACCUUUCACUCCUUAGUGCUCGAUCCCAGAGAAGAUCGCCAACGACUCGUGGCCGCCAUCACCGAAGGUAACAACGACGACGUAAUUCUACAAUACAAUCCCACCCAGGUCUUGGUCAAAAUCACCCACGCCGAUCCCAACGACUUCAUCAGUCUCACCGCAGUAGAAGGAGAAGCCGUCAUCCCUCUGUCGCAAACACACACCAGCAAACCAUUCGCUAUCACCGUCCUGGGGAAACUCAACAAAAUCAAACUGCAAACAAUUUCACACGGCGUUGACUGGGGAUUUUCCGUCACUCUUCAUAAGAUACAAGGCCAAACCUGCUCCAAAUUAAUCGUCGACCUCAACCAUAGACCCUUCAUGCCGCAAAUCACUUUCCCCGGAUUCUACGUGGCUGUCUCUCGCGUUCGACGAGCUCAAGAUCUCCGCAUCAUGCCUCUUCAACCCAGUAGCUACAAUUUAAAGUUCCUCAACGGGCUACAACCAUCCAAAAAACUCAUCACUUGGAUGAAAGGUUACAAUGCGCACGGAGAUUGGGAUGCCAGACUCAUCCCAUCUGAAUUGCUCGACACGCCGCUGACUACUAAACGCAAAAAAAAGGAUACACCAACAACAAAACCUCCCUCAAAAAGCACCAAAACUAAAAAGGCGCCAGCACCACCGAAAAAAAUGAAAACGCACGACACAAUCAACGUAGGCGCCUCUACUUCCAGUCAACCAACAGCCCCAUUACCGCACACUUCUACCUCGUCUUCAAUUGAAAUGGAAUUUCCUACCCUGAGAUGUAAAACAAUUUCAGAAAUCAACGAAGACAAUACUUCCCUUUCUCAAGUCAUCAUCACUAGACCUAUUGCACGCAGCGAAUCGUCUACAACUUCAUCAUCAUCGUCACUUUACAGUACAUUCAACAUCAGACAUCUGUCUUCAGUAGAAUGUCUAUUUCUCUUUAUGUUCAUUCUAUGUAUUCUGAGUAUCAUUGGAAUGGUAAUCUACUUCAACUAAUAAAAUACUGUACUGUACCCAUUCAAAACUCAUAUUAAUAACGCUCACUA